AUGUCAGCCCAGACCAUGGCGCAAGCCCGCGCAGUCGUCCGCGAGCUCAACGGCGUCGUCGUGAGCGCAGGGCUCAUGCAGAAGACGGUCAAAGUGCGCGUGGGUGGCCAGCAAUGGAAGCAAAAGGUCCAAAAGAUGUUCACGAAACCAACGCACUACCUCGUCCACGACCCCAACUCAUCCCUUCGCACAGGAGAUGUCGUUUCCAUUGUUCCCGGAUGGAGGACAUCACCUCACAAGCGCCACGUCGUAAAGAGCAUCAUCGCGCCCCACGGUACACCCAUCUCAGCGCGCCCACCGGUACCGACCGAGGAGGAGAGAAUCGCAGCCAAGGUGCAAAAGAGAGAAGCCAAGGUUGCUAGACGAGAGACGCGGCGGCAGGAGAAGUCUUCAAAAUCGACUCCUGAGCCCGAGGUCGACUAA